AUGUCCAGUAAACUAAACCAUACGACCGGCAUCCCGUUCAGAGCUAGACUCGACCUGCUGCCAGCGUCUGUAGAGGAGCUGCCACUCAAUGAAGGAGACAUUGUAGAAGUUCUCGAUCGAGGGGAGUUUUGGUGGAUAGCCAUAGCCAAGGCGCACUCGGCGCCUCGCACGUCUUUCCGAUUCCUGACAAAUUCGCCCAAAGGCAAGCGAGGUCUUGUUCUACCUGAAGCACUUGAGCCAAUCUCGGGAUCGAUAGAGGCGCCUCAGCUACAAGAAGACGCUAUCAUAGAUGACCGCAUCCAUGAAGCACUUCCUGAAAUCACAAUUGAGACAUCUCAAUCAGACACUGGCGCAUCGUCAGAUUGCGCAUCCCUUCCAUUAUCCCUUCGAACUAGAGUCGACCGACCCACUCUUCCUCGGCUCAUUUCCCCCCUAUUCGAAUCUUCCACUGAUAGCCCUUCUCUCCCCAGCGCAUCGUCUAGUAGCACUAAUAACGCAUGUUCACCAACUGGAUCGCCAAUUUCACCCGACGCUUCUCCAUUAACAGAUGGCAUCAAAGUACUCCCGACACGAGUUCGCGCUUUAUCAGACGUAACAGGCACCACGCCCGGAGAGCUUUCGUUCAAAGCUGGCGACAUUAUUGACGUCGACGUUCGGACUUCCGCCGAGAUAUGGCAUGGAAUACUCGGACAGCAGACGGGCACCUUCCGUCUCGACGACUCUGUCGAACCAAUACUUAAAGAGCGGGUUAGGGCACUACUGGACCACACUGCAGCCUCCUCCGGAGAUUUAUCGUUCAAAGCCGGUGAUAUUAUCCAGGUCUACGGUCCAAGUACUCAGGGUACAUGGUGGUGGCAUGGUUUCAUUACCGGAAAGGGGAUAGGGAUGUUUCCUUUCAACUUUGUUGAGCCCCUGGACGAUGAGUUUGAUGAUUCAGACGAAGUCGACCCCGUCACCGCGUCUCUCUACAAACCACACACAAAGUUUCGGGUACUGCAUGACGUUCCAUCUAUAGAAGAUGGAAUGUUGUCACUCAAGCAAGGGGACGUGAUUUCCCUCGUUUCUCGACCAUUUCAUGAUAAGUGGGAGGGGCGCUUGCGGUCUCAGGCAGGGACAUUCUUCUUAGAUGACAACAUUGAGCCCAUUAUUACGAGCCGGGUUUGCGCCAUCUACGACUACAAGGCUCAAAAUGAGGGAGAGCUGACCUUCGCUCGAGGCGACGUCAUUACAGUCAUACAGCCCUCUGAGGAAUCGACGUUUUGGUGGUACGGUGCUACGAAGAAUGACGUUGGUAUCUUUCCUUUCAACUAUAUCGACAUUAUCCCGGACGAGAAAGAUGACUUCAGCGAUUCAGAAGAUUGGAUCAAAGUCGGAAACAGUGGUUUUCAUCGCAUUAUGCGAGCCCUCCACGAUUUCCAUGCCAGGGAAAGGAGGGAAGUGUCAUUCAAGUGUGGCGACUUGAUCACGUUUCUGGAAGACAUGGACGAUCCGCGAUGGUUUAUAGGCAGACUUGGCGGAUGCGUAGGCAUUUUCCUCCACUCUUACUGUGAAGAGGUCACUUUGGGCAAGCAGGAUUUAUCCCUGGGCACCCAAAAUCAGUCGGACCUACCGCCCGGCUACGACGAAUCUUCCUUAAUUCCCAGCAUCGAUAAUAGUCAGAUUUAUCACCCCCUUGUGGAUACAAAGCGCCAUGGGAUGCCACGACUUGAUAUGGACAACUUGCGCUCUGGCGCUGGUAGCAAUCCGCGUGCCAAGGCUUUGCAAGACUUUAGAUCAGGCGAAGCCAGCGACCUAUCCUUUGUUAAAGGUGACAUAAUCGAAGUACUCAGUAUGCCGAGUUCUCCAGGAUGGUGGAAAGGACGACUUAACAAUGCUGUUGGCAUAUUUCCCUCUAGCCUGACCAAGCUGAUCAGCUAUCAUUCCCCGGAACCUUCUUCGCUCGGCAGUGAUCGUGAUCACAUCUAUCCAAGCCCUAUAUUAUUGUCGAGACAAGAAGCUGUUUCGCCGACGACAGAGGUCUCGGAUGAAAAUUAUCCAGACGCAUGGAGUUUGGUCUCAUCUAAGACUCCGUAUAGUCCGGUCAAUAUCCCACUCCCUUGGAAACCGUGCUUUGCCCGGGUGCUCCACGACUUUCAAGCCCCAGGAGAGUACGGUAUACAAUUAAUAUCUGGGGAUAUUGUCCAGAUUCUGGCUAUGCCCUUUGAAGAGAGGUGGACAGCCAGAUCGAGGAAUCGUCAGGGCCUCAUUCCCGCCAAUUACGUCAGACUUGAGCCCCUGGUUGACUCUCAGGACUCUGGUAGUCGCAACCCGGAAGCUACCCGGCAAACUGGCCAUGACCUCGUUUCAAGCUCGUCUUCGCAGACGCUUGCGCACGAGAAAAGGAGGGCUGAUGAGGCCAAGUCGUACCCUACAUCCGAAUGGGUGCGUGUACGCCAUGACUUUAACUCGGGAAAGUCGAGAGAACUGGUUUUGAAGAAGGGUGAUCUCAUUCGCGUACUCAAGAAACCCCGCCAGCACUGGUGGAAAGGUAGACUCCAGCGAGAUGGCACGGAGGGGCUUUUCCCUGCCAACUAUGUCGAGGCGGCUCCCCCUCCGAUUCCCCCAGCGGAAGGCAUGUCUCAGUCCCUUUCACCGUCAUCUACAUCUCCUGUUGGGCAGGAGUCCGCCAUCAUGAUGCUGGAUCAAACCCUUCUCAACUUGUCUGCGUUGCUCAAAACAUUCGACACAAGGAAGGAUCUCUCGGAGAAUGUGGAGAUUCAAACCUUGUAUUGGAAUGCUUGCACUCGUAGAAAGAAAAUGUCCAAACUUCAAGAUAGCACACCGAAAACUGAGGCUCAAAUCCGGGUAGAAGCGCUAUUUGAGGCAGUAAAGUCUCACUAUAACGCGAUGAUGGAGCUAUCAGCAACGCGACACGGCCAUCAAGUAAUGUCGGCACGACCUCAUGUCCCUAGUAGUCGGGUUUAUUCAUCGACAUUCACUACCAACAAUACGAUGACCUCUUUUGGAUCUUCAUCUGGAGUUAUUGUAGAAGAGCCGAGCUCAUACAAUACCUCGCCAAUGUCCGGCAAUCCAUCCACCGACCCUUCAUCAGCCUCCCUGUCAAUAGAUCCGCCUCCAGCAACCACGUUCCCCCCAGAACACACAAGAGCAUAUCCCCGGAAGCGAAGUACAGGGAAUAGCACACGUACAUUCUUCCUCCCUCCUACACCCGCUAUUCACCCGCAUGGUCCAACAACCGCACAACCUCAGCGCCUCUCACAGAUUAUGUCGGUCACUGUGCCUACUACUUGGUCGCCGAAUUUGGCGUUUGGAACCCGCCAAGCGGCGUACAAGUUUGAGGGAGACCUUGCUGCCAUCUCAGCGGACAUAGAAAAGGCCAAACAGGCAUACAAGAACAACAAAGGCAACGUUGCAUCACAAUCGACGAGCCGCAAGCUACCUUCGAGUCCCGCCGUCCGCAUUCUGCGUAGAGUUGCCAGAGCGGGCAGACGAGCGGAGGGUAACGAGACUGUUGGGUCUCAUGGACCACAUAACAAAGCCAUAAUCAAACACGAGAUCCAAUAUCGGUCACUUCACGUUGUUCACUCAAACUUCACACCAGUGACUUCUAGACGUCCUCUAGGCGGCAGAGAGUCGUAA